UAUGUGCACAUGAUCUGGCUCCUCUUAGCUGCCCAGGUGACGGUGAGCCAGCUGAACCUGGUGUCCCACAGCGUGGUGGCUGCUCCCUACCAGUGGGAGUACCCCUACCUGCUCAGUAUCAUCCCCUCCCUCUUCAGCUUCAUGGCCCUGCCCAAAAACAACAUCAGCUACCUGGUGAUCUCCAUGACCAGUGCCGGGCUCUUCUGCAUAGCGCCGCUCAUCUACGGGAGUAUGGAGAUGUUCCCGGGGGCCCAGCAGCUGUACCGUCACGGCAAGGCCUACCGCUUCAUCUUCGGCUUCUCUGCUGUGUCCGUCAUGUACCUGGUGAUGGUGAUGGCGGUGCAGGUGCACGGCUGGCAGAUCUACUACAGCAAGAAGCUGCUGGACGCCUGGUUCACCUCCACACAAGACAAGAAGAAGAAAUGAGGACAGAGGAGGACUUCAUUAUU